AUAAAUUUUUACUACUACUGUCAGUAAACGUUUUAGAAAUUGAACGCAUCGAAGCAACCACCAACGAAGAUAACCGAUUUAUACUCCAUAUAAAGUGAUAUAUUUUGAACCAUGAUUUGUAACUUGGCUUAUAAGCUCUCUUAUCGUGCAAUUCAUAAACAGCUAAGAGUUUAAUACUUGAAUUUGUCAGAUUGAGAUAUGGCUAUUAUAAUGUCAAAAUAAAACCAGCUUAUUGCUUUAAAAUUAAAGCUUGCUCGAUCUGCUUGUAUUGCUUGCAGUAUAGGUAGUAUUGUAAGAACCAAGAACUACCAAAAAUGUUGAUAAUAAAUCCAGAUAUAUCAUGACUUUAAGGUGGGUCGUAAACGACCCUAUCGUCCCUAAUGGGUUAAUCACAUGAGUACUUGCUUUAAGUGCCGAUUGUACAUCAUAGCAUUUGCUUUUCGUUCGACAGCCGACAGGUUUUCAAAUAAGAAGUAAGAACGUUGUAACUAAAACUUCAUGUGUGGUUCUGCCGAACUCUGAUCUGAAGCAGCUUAAGGGUCGGUUAUAGCAUUUAUCUGAAUUGUAUGACCACCAAUCACAGUCAUCAAAUUACUUGCUUUAAACCAAUAAUAUACUUCCUGCGAACCAGGGGUGUACCCCUGGGCCCUGCUGCGAACUGUCAAAUAAUGUAACAGCUUGCUUCGAAUAACCGUUAAGAAAUGUUGAUCGUUAUCCGAUUUCUUUGAAACAACACGAAAGUGAAAGAUCAAAGAUCAACGCCUAGAUACUUUAAUCUUAUGUCAUUCAGAACUGUUAAAUAUUUAAAGUUCUUACGUAAGAAAUGUCUAUCUAAUUUCUUUGCGAUUGACAGAAAGCAAAAGAUAAGCACUCAUUAACUAUCAACCGGAAGUGGAACUGCCACCUGAUCGCUUUACGAGAUGGAAGUCUUGCUGAGAUAUAACGUCUCGCUUUACAUAUAGUAAGAUUGUCGAAAUUUAAUUAUUGUUGAUCUAUAAUCUCAUAGAAAAUCGUAUUGCAGUAUUUAUUGACGCACGGAUUUCACUGACCAAUAUCACUACUAGAAACAUUAUGCAUAACUACAAAGGAAAAAAGCGAGAAGUGAGGUGCCCCCGGAAUAAAAUGCUCGUUCAAGAGCUGGUUAAAACAGAAAGGAGCUGUCUAGCAGACCCAAACUAUCUGGCUGUAAUUCAGAGAGGAAGAAUUACUGAGACGAUGAGGAUGAUCGCUCUAGAUUGGUUGUUUGAGCUGAUUGACAGUACGGGACCCACACCUCGAGGAGCUGAAGUUUACACAGCCGCCUGCUGUAUGUUUGACAGAUACCUAUCAGUCCAGCCUAUAUCUCCUGACGAAGUGCAGGAUACAGCUCUUUCGGCGCUGUUGUGCGCCAGCAGAGUCCUGGAACCAAACUGUCCUCUGGGAAUCAGUGCCAUGGAGAACUAUUACCGCAUCAACAGACUCAAGAAACUAGAAGAUCAGUUCCUGAACACAGUUAAGAUAUCACAAGACAGCCUCAUCCUCCCCACAGACUAUUACCCUUCCUUCACCCGGUCCUUGCUAGAUACCUUCUCUCGGGAGGUGGUCUGCGACGUCAUCUACCAUUCUCAUAAUCUACUCCCAGUUUUCUAUUCAGAAUACGAGUCAGUGUUACACCCGCCGAGCGUGAUAGCUGGAGCGUGUCUGCUCGAAUCAGUAAACAGGCUGCUGGGGUACCAGGAGUGCUUGGAGCUACUUGCAGACAUUGUUACACAGACGCGGCUCCACCCGAGUUACUUUAUCAAAGCGACGAAAGAUCUUAGGAGAUGGAUUUCAAAGCUAACGAGCUGAAGAGAAAACUACUCUUAUUACUGUUAAUGUAAUCAGAUUCAGAGAAUUCAGAAUAAAUAUUAAGGAUUUCCCUGCAACUGUGCUCAAAAUAGACUACCAUUGAUACUAUGGUCGUACCAUCUGUACAGUCAACAAUGUUCCUGGUACUUACAAGUUACAACAGAAAUGAGAAACUUAAGUACAAUAUACUAAUAUAACAGCUUUCGAUUCAGUUAAACAUUGACCCGUUUACCUACGAUUUUUUAUGUAAGACGGGACAGACAGCUGCAUACAAGUUUGAAGUUAGUUUAACGGGCCAUCAUCGCAUCAAACUUCGGUACGUUUUGAGUAUUGGAUUGCUCUAGACUUUAGGAUUUGUUCCUGUUGGUGGUUGAUGUUGUUACUGUUGUAGCUCAUAUUUGAAUUUUCUAAAUUAUUAGUCGAUCGCUACAGAUGAAUUGAUUUUUGGUAAUAAUGUUAUUAUUUGAAAAUGUAAUUUGUCCACGGACUAUUAUUAGCCGUUAUACUUAUAAUUAU